UAGUUGUGAGUGAGUCACGGGAAUAUGAGUGAGGUGCCUGGCACAAUGCCUGGCCUUUUGCAGUGGUGGCUGAAAGCUACUUUGAAUGAACAAACAUCUCUCCCUGUGUCCCUGUCUCAGCUGAAAAGCAAUGUGGUCAGCCUGGACUGUCACAUCAGCCAGUACGCCACUAUCUGCCAGCAGCUGCAGGCUGAGGUGGCCAGUCUGAGGGAGAAGCUUCGAAUGUAUGAGGCAGGAGCCCAGGCCCCACAACAGGACCUCCCACAGCCCCCCAAAUCGGGCACUCCACAACCACCCCUUUCCAGCUCCUCCCCACCAUCUCAUCUUCCCAGCCAGCCCCGCACCCCAGAGCUCCACCCAGGGUCUGCAGUCCUUCAAGAGGAAAGCCUGGGGACAGAGGUCCAGGUGGAGAGGGUCAGGGAAGGGAAUUCUUCAGACCAGGAGCAGCCCUUGGAGGACAAAGACAAAGACCUGGCCAAGGAGGUUCCAAUCCGGGUGUCAGAACAGAGCCUCCGACGGUCACGGCUGGAGUCCCCUGGCCUGACCCUGGAGGCCAAGCAAGUCGUGGGCCACCUCUCACCACAGAACCUGGAAAGGGACCGUUAUAAGCAACUGGCUGUAGCCGCUUCUUCUCAGAAGUAAAUACAAACCACCACCCAAAGCCAGAGAGAGAGAUUUCGGACCAUUAUUUCUGUGCUUAAUAGAGAGGUGCUGCGAAUAUUUUUUUCCCUUGGCCCCCCAGAACAUAAAUUCCCUGCCACUUAGCUCUGCUGCUGCCAACCCCACUCCGCCCUCCCCAGCAUGCUUCAUGCUAGGCAAUGUAUUUAAAGCUCUCAGACAGAAGGGCCUGUUUAAUUUUAUUUCUUGUUGGGGAGUGUCUGUUUCCAACUCAGCAAAAAUGCUGCAGCCUGAAUAAUCAGCAGCUUAUUAUCUGUCUCCUGCUGCUGACUCCCUGGGGCCCAGCAGUGGCAGGGACGCACUGGCGCGAUGUCCCCUGGAGCCCAGGGAACAGCCACCGGCUCCCACUUAUCACUCAGGGUCUCUCUGCCUGGUGACCCCCAUUGCGAGGAGCCCGGACACCAGGGUUCUCACUCCUGCCG